UCUCGUACACCAUGAUUAAGUGAUAAAAUUACUUGUACACAGUGAGUUGUUGGAGCCCUACGGCCUGUCCAAAGCUUGCACACAGUCAUUUAAGGCAUUUGAAAACCCAGGCGGGUACACAUGGAAGUUGACGCCCCCGGCGAAGAAGGAUACAUUUUUUGGUGAAUUAGAGAAAGAGUUUCAGUGGCAGCCCGAGGAUGAGCGUGACGUGAGGAAAAUGUGGGAGAAAAACGCCCGCAAAAGGUACUCCGACAUGAUGAGCGACUACAAGAAAGAGCUCAAGGAGUGUACCCGCCAAGGGAGACAGAUGUCUAGACCCGUCUAGAUGACUCCCGAUUUCUGGACUGGACUCCAGGAAUACUGGCAGCGUCCCGAGCUUGAGGCUUUUUCUACACGAGCACGUGCCAACCGGAUGUCCGAGCCCGAUGGGGAGGGUACAGGGAUCAGUAGGCACGUGGGCGGGUCUCAGUCGACUCGUAUCCUGCAGCAGUAUAUGAGCUUGGAGGCUGAUUUUCCCCAGGAUUCACCGAACUAUGCCACCUUCCUCCGCCUCCACAUGUACCCCGACGGAAGUUAUACAUCUCCGAGAGAUGCAAGAAUUGACGCCGAGGUUCAUCAAGUGGCCGCUGCCACAGGACGACAGAACCGGCUAGACGAGGUGUAUUUGGAGGUGGUGCAUCCGGAUAGGUCAUGGAUCUACGGCGUCGGGAGUGCCGGGCAGAGUCAGGCUAGUAGGGGGUCUAUCCGCAGCACGGGCAGUUCUGCGGUGUCUCAGCAGCUUUAUGAGACACGGAUCUCCACGCUGGAGGAGCGAUUGGCGGCAGAGCAAGCACAACGCCAACAGAUAGAGGAGCGCAUGGCGGCAGAGCAAGCAGCACGCCAAGAGAUGCAGGACCGCAUGGCUCAAUUGGAGGCGUUUAUGAGGAUGUGCGUGUACAACACGCGCCUAUUUUCAAUGGUUGUGAGGGCCCUCGUGUAA